UCUCUCUCUGGAGUUUGUUGGUUGGUUUCAGCAGGAUCUCAGCAUCGAGCCGGCUCGCCUGACAGAGGACAGAGGCAGUCCUCCUCCUCUCUCAAUUCCUCCCUCGUAUGUCUUGGUGUUUCUGUCUGUCGUCUCCGCAUGUAUAUGUGAAUACAAAUGUCGGUAAUGGAGACCGCUGAGGACCGGAGCUCGUGCUGUCUUUCCCGCCGGAGACACACAAACUCACCGGACGAACACGCCGACUGAUAAGCAGUCUUCAAAGGGAAACGCCGCCGCCGCUGCUGUUUACCACAGCGACGGUCGAUGCUGUUUUCUUCCUGUUUUUUUUUUUAACGACACGUCUUCGAAAUCAGAUGCGCUGCUUGAGAAGUUACGGACAAAACACGGAUACAACCUCCAAGUCAUCUUUCACUUAAAAGGAUUUCUCCCUCUUGGAGCCGGCUGUUUUCUGACCUUAAGAAGAAAACUCCUCAGCCGUCCAAUAAGGUAACAUCCACCUACUCAGAUCCAGGAUUCUGCGAAAUGAGCUGCCAAUGAAUCAUCUCAGAGGUCAUCAGUUGUCUCUUGGCCUGGAGGUCUUCUAGAGGGUUUGACCUCCUUGCCACCAUGAAAGGGUUGGGGACCAACCGUAACAGACACCUGUCUGACUCCUGUGAACCUUCAGCAGGCCAUCCAGAAGCCCUGUACAAUCAGAGGACCAGCACCCUGCCGCGUAGUCCCUACCUGCUGAGCCCCACAAUGGACCACUAUGGCACAAUGGACCCUCAUCUCUAUCAAUCAACAAAUCCAGGCUCCCUUCCACCAGAGUGCAUGCUGCCCCUCAACAACCAGCUGUCCAACAGCAGCACCUUUCCCCGGAUUCACUACAACUCCUAUGACCAGUCUGACUUCUCCCCACCUGGAGACAGCAUUGGGGGGAUAAGUACUGGCACCAUGGGCACCUCCAUGUCCAUGGGCAUGGGAACAGGCAUGGGAAUGGCAGGUCUGAGUGCACGAACACCUAUGAUUACAAGCGGCUCAGCAACUAUAUCACACCAUAUGACCAAGAACCAGGCACCUACCAGUCUGCUGGAGUUUGAUAAGCAGCUACCUGGAGGCCGUGAUGGCUUCAGCACUUUACAGUUUCAUAGAACAUCUGCUGUUGCAGCUGCCAAGCAGCGCACGGACAGUCCAGGUCGUAUUCGUUACAUGCUGCACUCUGUGCAGAAGCUCUUUGCAAAGUCCCAGUCUCUGGAGAGCCACAAUAUGAAAGGAAAUGUCAAUGGGCGUUCCACUGGCAGUGGUGGAGGCUCGUCCGGCACAGAUGAUGGAGGGAAGCAGAAUCGCAGAUCCAAAAGCAAAGAUCGGGGUACAAAAUCAGAGGGGACUACCAAGCGACGACCACGCUCCAACAUGUCAGGUUAUUGGAGCUCAGACGAUUUGGACAGCAGUGAUUUAAGUAGCUACCAUAACACCAUGGCCAUGAUGACUCUGGGACGUCACACUGGCCAGGACAGCCAAGGAGGACAAAGCAGAUACAUCCACAGUGGCUACAACACUAUUAGCACCUCCAAAAGCAGCAAUGACAUGAAGUAUCCAGCACUUCCUAUGCCAGGGGGUGGGGGAGGUGGUGGACUAGGUGAAUCAGGGAGAUUGGUGAUAAAUGAUAAUGACUAUAUGAAAGGAGGGUCCUGGUCUACACUGACCAUGGGGCAGCCAAGACACGUGAUCCAGAAGGGCUCAGCUACUCUGGACAGGUCAAUGCUUAAGUCCAAAUCCUGCCAACAGGAACUAACCUGCAACUAUCUGCAGGUUGGACGUAGGGGUGAUUGGAGUAGCACUUUAGGACGAACUGGUGGUGCCAAUGAAAUACCGUGCCGGCGGAUGCGCAGUGGUAGCUAUGUGAAGGCCAUGGGAGACAUGGAAGACAGUGAUGACUCAGAGGGAAGCCCCAAACCCUCGCCAAAAACCGCCGCUCGUCGCCAGAGCUACCUCAGGGCUACGCAGCACUCUCUGAGCGACCAGCUACCCCCACGCAACAGAACCCUGGAUUACUCCUUUUUGCAGGGGGAGCUGGAUGCCCUGUGGUCUCCUCUCCACAGUGUGUCCUCUCUACACCAACUGGGCAGGUCAAUGAGCAGCUGUCUUCCAUCUCUCCGAGAGCUCUCCAACAAUCGCAGCCUGGACAACCUAGACUGCAUCGGGGGUUCAGGCUCGUCUUUGCCACCCUGGGAUGAUGACGACUUCAGUCAGGCUUGCAGCACCCUGGGCAGACGAAGCUACACGGGACAGCUAAGGGACCUAGAUAUGAGUCACUAUGAGGACCGCAGCUCAGAGUCCACGUUCAGAGAUUCCCGUUCCCACUCUCAGGACAACCCAGAGCCUCCAGACUUGCCCAUGCCAACAUGCUUCCGAUCCCGCAGCCACAGCUACCUGAGAGCCAUCCAGGCUGGAUGUUCCCAAGAUGACGACACAGCAUCCAUGGACUCGGGCUGCUCACCACCUCCAACUGACCCCACUGUUCGCACCUAUAGCACCAGCACUGACAUCCUUUCUACACAUUUGAAGACAUGGAAAGAACAGUUUGCCUCUUACCUGAUAGCCACUGGCUUGGACAAAGCCCCAAAGGAGAAACAGCUUGCUAUUUUUCUUCAGCGUUUGGGGAAAGACAGACCACGCAUCCUACCCGCACACACAGUCUCUACGUGCAUAACCACCUGUAAGAAGUCUGCUCCUCCACCAGUGCCCCCCCGCACAACCUCCAAGCCCUACAUUUCAGUGACCGUGCAGAGCAGCACAGAGUCGGCCCAGGACAACUACCUGGACCAGCAGGACAGGAGGUCGGAGGUCAACAGCCAGUCGAGCCACGCCCACAGCAACUCUUCUGACAGCCUUGACAGCAACCGUGCCAACAGCUUGGCCCGUGGUAUCCCCCGCCCUCCACACAUAAUUCCUACUCCCAUCGCGAUACCAAGAGAGCCAAUCGCGCCCACCACCUCCAACGCUUCCACUGAGACCAGCGACGCCGUCAUCCAGCAUGAAUGCCUGAAAUCAAAUAAAGGGAAUUUAGUAGCAGAGGAGCCUCUCGUGGCGCCAGUACCCAGGCGGAAACUGUCCUCCAUUGGCAUACAGGUUGACUGUAUUCAGGAAGUUCCACGAGAGGAAACCCCGCCUUUGGCCAAAUUUCAGUCCAUCGGAGUACAGGUGGAGGACGGGUGGCAGAACAGUCGCUCCAGUAGCAUGGCCUCAAAACAAGAAACAGACUCAGACACACCAGACAUCUCCAUCAUCACCCAUAUCAUCAACGCUAAACACCCUGAGAAGAAAAUCAUGGUCAACAGUGGCAGCCAAUCCAUGAGCUCCCCUCCCGGACAGGACUCUUUAGACAAUGGUGACACUGCUGGUGGCGCCACCUCACCUCCACCGCCAAGACAGAUCCUAAACCGCUCCACCACACGGAGUAGCUCUUCCUCCUUCUCAGAAAGUCUGGACCCCGCGCUCGACCCCUCGUCUCUGCCGCCUCCAGACCCCUGGCUGGAGAGCGGGAACGGCAGCAACAGCAGUGUUCCCCAGAGCGGAGGAGGGGGGACCCUGUGUCGGAGGGACGGACACUGGUUCCUUAAGCUGCUGCAGGCCGAGGCUGGACGAAUGGAGGGCUGGUGCCAGCAGAUGGAACAGGAGACCAAAGACAACCAGAUCUCAGAGGAGGUGCUGGGGAAGGUUCGCAGUGCAGUAGGAAGUGCUCAGCUCCUCAUAUCCAAGAAGUUCAAGCAAUUCCGAGGACUGUGUGAUCAAAACUUGAAUGUGAAUGCCAACCCGCGGCCCACUGACCAGGACCUGGCUGGUUUCUGGGACCUGCUGCAGCUCUCCAUCGAGGACAUCAGCCUCAAGUUCGACGAGCUCUACCACCUCAAGUCUAAUGACUGGCAGCCCGUACAGUGUGCGGCUGUCCAGUCGCCCGCUGAGCGGAAGGACGAAGAGAAUGCGGACCCUCCGGCGACAAAGAAGCCCGGUAAGGGACGCCCAUUGCUGAGCCGUGAGAAGAGCGCCGACUCCUCUUCCACCUCUUCUUCGGCCUCAGCAGAGAAGCAGAGACAAGAGGCUCGCAAGCGUCUGCUGGCUGCUAAAAAGGCGGCCUCGUUUCGCCAGAACUCUGCCACAGAGAGUGCAGACAGCAUCGAAAUCUACGUCCCUGAGGCCCAGACCCGCCUCUGAGAGAGACAGUGGGGGGUAGAGGGGGGGGAGAGGUGUUUAGGAUCAGAAGACAGAUAAGUGAAGUGAAGUACAAAGUGAGGAUGAAUCCUUGAAAUACUUGGAGCAAAGAGAGGAAAACUUUUGCAUUGCAAAUGAGGUACUGUGAGUUGAGAUAAAUGGAGGUGGGGGAAGGAGAGAUCAAACUCCUACAGAUAUGGGGGGUGGGGGGGGGAUUGAUUUGGGCAUUUUUGUCACACUCAUACAGUGAUAGGCUGGUCCUGAUGGAAUCAAAACUUUUAUUAGACAAAACAGGAAACAAAACAAGAACUUUCUUGGACUGGAUCAUCAUGAAGCAAGAGACUCCUGGUUUCGAGGCCGCCAUUGAAAACCUCAGCUGAUGAACUUUGUCAUUUCUUGUUCCUACUCUUGAUAUCAUACACUUGUUAAUGACGAUAUUAUUACUAUGACGGUUAUAUCCAAAAGAAUCUAUAUGAAGACUGUUUUAAAUGCUCCUCUACUUGGCUAUAAGAUGUAUUAAGUAGACAGACAGCAAAUACUAAUGCUCUUCUGUCUCCCAUUGUCCUCCUCUCUAUCCAGAUCAUUGGCCAUCUUGUAGCUUUGCACAACACCCCCUUGUGGCCAUUGAACACACUGCACACACAACAUCCACAGCCCUCACACUGCACACACACGACAAACCCAAACCUCUGUACGUCUUCCUUUCAUUAGUUUGUUAACCUUCUGUUUUGUAUCAAGAAAAUCAAUCUAGAUCUGCUUACUAUGAAUAUUUUUGGUAUGAUGAAAUUGAAAGUCAGCUUUGAAGGGGUAUUUAUAUAUAUAUAUAUUAGCAAUUAACUCUUACAUGUGUGUCCAUCUGACUUUUGUUGUGUCAAAGAUUUGAAGGAGUGGUGACAGGAAGUGGGUAAAUGGUUUUGAAAGAGGGCACAGUCCAAUAGAAAAGAUCACCUAGCAUGUGAAUAUAAAAGUGGCCACAAUAUUCCUGAACGUUUUGUUUUCUUUGAAGUGGAGACUCCUUCCACUCCUAUUAAGUCUCCUUUGCUCUCUCUGUCCCAUUAUUUAGUUUUCUCUGUUUGUGCUGUAACUGCUGAUCUGUGAUUAUUUCAAUCAGGAUUUUGUUUUGUUUUUCGUCACUUUAAUGCUUCUUUAAGUGCUUUUAUUAACCUCACAAACUAUUCCAUUUAUACAGAACAUCUCCAAUUAAUCUAGGGCUUUUAUUAAGGCAAUGCAUCAGGCUACGUAUGCAGGAUAAUAGUUUGUUAAUGUACCAUACACACAUAUGAACGUGUCAUUUUUAUACUGUCUCGAUAAAUCCAACAAAAUCUACGGUUUUUUUGUUACCAUUCUUGUUUCCCCUUAUUGAACAUCAUCCAGAGUACCUGCACUUUUUUAUUCAAAGGAAAACAAAUUCUAAUUAAAAGCAUUACGUACAUUA